AUGUUUAUCGGAAAAUAUCAACCAGGCGUGAUAAGUGGCGUCACUCCUAUAGGAGGAACUUGGGCUAGAGUUGAGGUUGCCUCGCCUGCUGGUACAGUCAUACAUCGAGACACGAUAUUAUUUUGGAUGCCUUCAGUAGCUGGUGAUCCUGAGAAUUAUACGACAUCUGACAAUACUUUCCCACCGGAGGCUACCGUUCUCCGUGGUCUCUCAUUGUUGAAUCUCCCCAUAAAUGCGUUUUCUCACCUAGAGCCACCAGGCGUGAAUUUCUACGACAGUUUUACCAGGAAUGCUCUACGCCACCCAUCACUUAUUGGAAACAAAAGCGGAUUUGUUGUGCCCACACAUGGUAUUCCUUUCGCCCAUAGUUGCUAUCCCAACGCUAUCUGUUCCGCUGAUCUUUUCGAGAGAACGAUCGAGGUCCGGCUUACCAGGCCUGUCGCAGCUUUUGAAGCAAUCACCCUUUCAUAUUGCCCUUUGAAUGUGGGAAAAGAUGACAGAGAAUCUUACUUGAAAAAUUUUCAUGGGAUUGAACAUCAUGAUUGUCCUAGGGGAUGUAAACAGUUAUCUUACGUUUUUGGCGACCCAAGAAGAGCAGAAUUCUUCCGGCUUUUUGCUGAGAUGGAUACGGUACUGUGUGAUGCCGAAUUUGAUGUUCAGGUUCAUUCAGCAUGUCGAUUAGCCAGCGAGCAACACCUCGAAGCUUACCUGUGGCCAUUCUUAUCGAAGGCUGAGUUGCACGCUCGCAAAUCUAAAUUCGCUUCCCGCGGAGGUGUUCACAGAAUUUUAAUUGCAGUCAUGGAAAACCAAGGAGGUAUCAAUCACCCUUCAGUUGAAUUUGCUAGAAAAUUCGAGCAUAGUACUUCUACCUUGGAAGACAACCAGAGAGUGGAUGGGGAUAUAAACACUUAG